GACUAAUGACCAAACGACGGAGACGACUUCCCUCAAACAGAAGACGCAACAGACUACCCCUGUGGUGGCGCUGGGCGCGCGGAGGGAGAGGCCACUAGCUUCGACAUCCGCAGCGGCGACGCCUAUCCACGGGAACAAACGGCCCGAGCUGGACAAGAACCGGCCCAGUGCGGGUGGUUCCCGCCGGAAGGGGGGGACCAACGUUAUACUGGUACGGCCAAACGACGGACGAACGUACGCGGAUACCCUGCGCAGACUAAAGACGGAGAUUAAUCCCGAGGGCUCUAAAGUGAAUAUCUCGGGAUAUCGGAAGACUAAGGACGGAGGACUCCUCAUGCGCUUUCGCUGUAACGCAGACGCAAGACGGAAGUUCCAGGAGAAACUCCAGGUUACUCUUGGAAAUGAGGGUAAUGUACGAGACAUGACACACGGACAGACGCUAGAGAUACUAGACCUCGACUGUGUUACAGACACGAAUGAUGUACAGAACGCAUUGAAACGAGAAACAGGACAAGAUGCGGACUUUAAGAUCCACAUUUUCGGACCGAAUAAACACGACGUUUGUAUGGCAGUGUUCGAAGCAGACAGAGACACGGCCCACAAACUGCUCAAGAAGGGCAGAAUUAAGAUCGGCUGGGUCAACUGUCGGCUGAGAGAAAGAUUGACGGUCCCGAGGUGCUACCGGUGCCUCGGAUACGGACAUAGACGAACGGACUGCACAGGACCUGACAGAGGACAGUGCUGUUGGAGGUGCGGGGGGACCGGCCAUGUCGGGAGAGCCUGCCCCACCAAACAGCCGACGUGCUUCCUAUGUUCCGAGGCGCGUGCAACGGAGAGGGCGCACGUCCCGGGAACGGGAGCGUGCGCGGCCUACCGGGCAGCGCUGGAGGAGUGCCGGAAGCAGACACGACAAUGACAGGAAUCUUACAAGGAAACCUGCGUAGGUGCGAGGCAGCCCAGCUGCUUAUAUCACAGACAGCGAAGGAACGAAACGUAGACAUACUGAUACUGAGCGAGCAACUGUGGGACUUACGAGAACAGGACGGCUGGUUCUCGAAUACCCUCGGUACGUCGGCCAUAUGGGUCAAAGGCAAACCGGCUAGGAGAAUACAAGCGUCUGGCAGGGGGGAAGAUUACGCGUGGGUGAGGGUAGAUUCCGUCACCUACGUUAGCGUAUAUUUGACCCCAAACUGCACGAUGGCAGUGUACGAGGAAAAAGUCGGUAAGCUGGAAGACGCCCUCACAGGUCUCCCGGGUGACUUUGUCGUCGCGGGAGACAUGAACGCGAGAGCGGUCGAGUGGGGUAUGACAACGACGGACAAACGAGGAAGACUGCUUCUGGAAAUGGCCGCAAGGCUUGAUCUGGUAGUGGUCAACCAAGGGACGACAACGACCUAUAGACGACCGGGCUUCGGAUACUCAAUACCCGAUGUGACGAUGACGUCAGACAGGAUCUCGUCGCGGAUAAGAGGAUGGCGGGUGACCGAGGACUAUACAGCCAGCGAUCAUCAGCACAUCGUCUUUGAGAGAGCUGUUUGACAAACUGCUAAGGGAGGCACCGUUACCCGCCGAGUCUGUCCCGGCAGAGCUUGGUCUGCGGGAGCGUGCCGAAUGGAUAACGGACAAGACAACGGAACUGAUAACGGAACUGUGCGACGCCACGAUGACUCGACGCAAGGGCCGAACACACAAACGAGCAAUGUACUGGUGGACGGA